CCUCUGUAAGCUCCUGCGGGAAUAUGAGGUAGUGGGGGGUGACUUUGGGGAGGAGCUGGUUGAGGUACAGAUGGGGGGCGUGGUCCCCGCUAACAAGUCCCCGGGGUACAUCCUGAUGCUACAUCUGCUGAAGGACUCCCACUUCUUGUCCACGGUGUUGAAAAUACUUGAUGACAGUGUACGACAACUUGAAACAUACAAGGCUAUACCAGGACAGGAGGCCCUGGAGUCGGCCAGUCUGCUGUGUUUACAGCUGAUAGAGACCAGUCUGGAGAAGUCGGGGACAUUCCUGGACGCGUGUCGUGAGACCGGAGCCUCCGCCAUGGUGUCUGCCAUGGAUCGUCUUCUCCUGAGUAUUAAUCCACGCAGCGGGAAAGCCGACCACCUUGUUAAUGUCACAAAGUUUAUACAGUUCAGCAUUCCUCUUCCUGAGCAUGCCCAGUCAGCGAUGAAGAUCCUGUAUCGCGUGUGUCACUCAGCUCCUGUCCAAGUGGCCCUUGUCAAUCUGUUCACAUCAAAUCAGACCUCUCAUUUGGAGUUGCUCCACGGAUUUGUGGAAUGUCUGGAAGUGGAGGAGCCGGAACAAAUGGUGGAGAAGACAAUCCACUUACCUGAGGAAGAGCAUGAUUCCCGUGAGAUUGGCCACGUCCGUAACUCCACCAGACAGUACCUACUUCAGGUCCUACUGAGAUCUCUAGACCAACCUUCACCAAACUUGGCACACCUGCUGCUGGGCUUUGACAUUAGGAAGUCUGUUAGCAGGACUCUGCUCCAGGAUCCAGGUAUCUUAGGGUCCCCUAAGACCUGUCUACAUGCGGUUCUGUCCCUGUUAGAGAGGGGGGUGGGGACACACUCAGGCCCCACCUGCUUGAGGGACACUCCACGACUGUCUGAGCUGGCGUACAAACUCAUCUACCUAUUGGCUGCCAACAAGGAGACGUCGACGCCCACUUUACGAUAUUUACGUACAACGAGGGACUUCCUGUACAGGCAGCUCCAGCAUCUACCUUUCACUCAGCAGUUUUAUAAACGCCCUGUAAUGAUUUCCCAGUCCUGGUUGCUGAAGCUGAUAGCCAUUGAACUGCGACUGACUGCACUGAACCGUCAAAGGUCACACACACUGAGAUUAAUGAAGGCCCUUCUGGAUGAUGGGUCAGAAGGUCAAUCAGUGUUACAACCAGCGUUAGGAGAUGAAGCUGACCUGACGUACGACAGAUUUACAGAGCAGAGUUUACAGACAUCUUAUCUGUCUCAGACAACCAGGCCGUUCAGGAGCCGCCAAGUGCGCAGGAAGUUGCUAGGACUUCUGGACGAAGUUGACUUUUCACAGCGUUAUCCUCCUACUAUGAAGUUGGAGUUUUUCGAAUUGUCGAUGAUUGAACAAGCCAUCAAAAGUGUAGAAACUCGCACUGAACAGGACAUUUUGUAUUGUGACGUCAAACGACUUCACUGCCUACUGAUGAACGAGUUAAACAACUACCAAGGCAAUAUCUUGGUGACUCAGAGACCUCGAGUUUUGGAGGAAGUGGAGAAUAUUCUGCAUCAUGUGGUGCUGCGUAACAGGAUCCGACAGGAACUGUCCACCAAACAGCAGGCUCUGGAGGCGUGGCGUCAGGUGACAGAGGUUCUGCUGACCGCGUGUCCUGAGGACCUACUGACCGCUGAGGACAGACAGACUGUACUGUUUGAGCUGCUACAGGAACUACAGAGAAAGGUGACAGAAGAUGAUGCCUUGACAGAGUUAACUGCCCCUGUGGCUGGGAUCAUCCUGACUCUGAUGACAAAUCUACGUCAGUGUUUCUGUCAGGAUUCUGUCACCGACGAUGAAACCUCACACUUCCUCACCAUGCUGGACUCCACAGUAGGUCAAGGUCAAACAGGGUCAUGGGGUCAAGUGUCAGGGUCACGGACCCAAUUUGCUUCCUCCCUUCAACUGGUGCUUAGAGGAGUAAUAGACCACAUUCUGCUUUCAAGUGGUGGCCAGCAGAGAGUAAGAGCCAACUUAUAUGGGGCCCUGCUGUAUUAUCUACAAAUUGCUCAGAAACCCAAGUCUUUGACUCACACAGAUACAGAGGCAGGAGGUGAUGGGGUCGGGAAGAGGAUUUUGGCUGAUGCCCACUCUGAGUAUGAACAGCUGAGGCGUGAAAAUGUGGCGACCAUUCUGUCAUACGGCGACAACUUUAUGGACAUGGUGUGUCGUGACGCAUGUGAUGGACACGAUGUAGGACGGAUGCUGGCUCUAUCAGUACUUGACACCAUUCUGUCUAUGGACAAGUUUCAGCAGUGGAUGACCUUUCUGUCCUCUAAAGGUUACCUCCAACACCUGGUGGACAGCCUUCUCCAUGACGACCAGCCACUACAGACCCUUGUGUCCCCCACCCCCCAACUCAGAGUGCUGUAUAUCUAUCUGUCUAAACUGAGUUUGUUGACUCGGGUGGCAGAAUCAGCCGUGGGGGCUCACACCUUGUUACAGUGUGGAGUCAUGCAGAGACUGGCUGGAUGUGUCUUCUUUGACCUUCGACCUGACUUUGACAGAGAUGAAGCUGGUGUUGAUACAGAGGAGGACUUCCUGCCUAGCCCCAUGGCCCGCUAUCGUCAACUUCUCUUUGCCGCCCUCAAAUUCUGUCUGGCCAUGCUGACCUCACUGGGCAUAGAAAACCAGGACUGUGGCAAUCAAGUGAUGCAGUUUAUUUUGUCUCAUGGAGACCUUUUCACUGGGCAUUCUAGAACAGACAGCCCAGUUUAAGUCUCCCAGCUCUACGUGAACUAGCUCUAACUACAGCGGUACUGACACGAGCUAACUC